UAAAAUUCCGAUUCAGAAUGUAGCGUCCACAAUAAAUUAAAUUAUCCGGAUAAUUUAAAAGCAAGUGCAGAGUUCAUGGACUACUUAUUACUCAUUACUUAUGACAUUGUUUAUAUAAAAAUCAUAACAAGUCCUCAUGUAAACUCUCCUGCAAUGUUUAUUUUACAACAGCAACGCCAUCUAGAUAUUAAAAAUAUCACUAACGUUGCCGUUGAUGUCAAAACGUACAAAUGAUCGUAUCCUAUGAAGCACCUUAGUUCUGUAGUGUCACUUUAGAUGGCGUUAUAAUAGAAUUUUAGUAAGCCUAAACUUUCUUAUUUAAAAAAAAAAUUACAUUUAAAUAAUCUAAUUAGGUUUGUCAACAACAGGUAGUUGUUAUCUCUUGAUUAUUAUUUUUAUUGUUCCGAAAUAAUUGGCAAAAACUAUCUUCGCCCCAACUACAAAUCUUACCGACUAGAUAUAUCUGUCGACCUUUUUGACAAUACCACGCUUGAUGAUAUUAAAAAGUGUGUUUGUUCAAUUCAAUAUGUUAUUCAUUGGCCAAGUUGGAAGUACUAUUUUAUGGCACUACCUAAGUACUAAUUAGUCUUCCAAUUUUUAUACACUUAACAAAGUAGUAGGUAGACGUAAUAGCAUAGAUGCCUAAUUAUUAGGUAUGACAAUCUUAUCUGUACCAUGUCUAUUAUGUAUUUGCUAUACUAAUAUCAAACCUUUUCAAAGAACUUAUUCUACAUAGGUAUAGGACUAGAGCAGUGCCGAGUUUGCGCAGUAGGUAUACCCCGCAGUAAGUAUACCUUUAGGAAAAUAUCAAUAGCAACGAAGUAUACAAACGGAAGACUGGUAUCGCUAUCUUCUACCGCGCAUGCGUUAUUUGUACGCUACUGGAUGGUUGUGGUACGUCCAGAAAAAUCAUUACAGUGCAUGCAUUAUACUCGUAAGAAUAGAAACAGUGUCACAAGUUUAGUAUCUUCGUCACUAUUUAGUCAUGACGGAAAGUUUAGAAGAUAGCUUUGAACGAUGUUGUCGCCUGUGUGCGGAAGAACAAGACGUUACCAUAAUGAUAUUUAGUCAAGAAGCCGAAGCAAUGCUUUUACAAAACAAGCUCAACAGAUACUUAUUAAUUGAGGUGGAUGAAGACGACAAGUUACCAAAAAAUAUUUGUAUCCAAUGUUGUACCAAGUUACAAUCAGUAUGUGACUUCAUAGACACGGCACGAAAAGCUCAAGAAGUUCUUCUUCAACGAAGUUUUAUGAUAGACCAGAUUGCUCCAACCAAAUGUAUGAUUUCUUUAGUCAAAACAGAGCAAAAGGUUGAAUCUGCAGAGAUCGUCGAAAAUGAAAAAUAUACAGAAAUGGAAGUGAGUGUGGAUCCCAUGAUGGUGCUUCAAAAUUCUGAAGUCACUUUAUCACCAGCGUAUGAUAACAAUGUUAACGACGUCACUUAUUUACACGGUCUGGAUACAGAAAAUGUGACAAUAAAGUUAAUAAAGAAAGGCGACACACAUUCUAUACUUGAAGAUAAUGCCAAGGAAAAACUGCCAUCUGUAUCAUCAGGCUCUCACAACAGUGAUGAUGAUGAUAAAGUAAAACCUUUUAAAUGUACUUCAUGUGAACGUAGCUUUUGUACAGAUUUGGCAUUAAAAAACCAUAGUUGGAUUCAUCUUCCCGAAAAUAGAGAUGAAAAGCAAUAUACUUGUAACACAUGUUCUGAAGGAUUUUAUUACAAGUAUGAUUUAAUAUCUCAUUUGAAAAAGCAUAGAUCUAAUGGUGUAUGUCAAUUAUGUGGGAGAAUGUUCAGAUCAGAAAAAACAUAUGUUGCUCAUAUGUAUGUGCAUUUACCUUCAAGUAAAUCAUACACAUGCAAAAUCUGUGGCAGAUCCUACAAUACAUGGGGCGGUCUAAAAACUCAUAGUGUUAGUCAUAGUGCGGAAAGACCCUAUAAAUGUGAUAUUUGUAAAAAAACUUUCAAGAGAAACCAGGAUUUAAAAUUCCAUGUCAACCAACACACUGGGGCUAAACCUUACAAAUGUCCAUUCUGUGACAAGUGCUUUGCAAGUUCUGGAAAUAGUUACUCUCAUAGAAAUCGUAUGCAUCCUGGAGAAAAAUAUGAAAGGUCUGUACGAAGAACUAUUCCCACAGCUGAUGUCCCGGUACUCAGACCAAUUGCUCCUAAACCAAAACCUGCUGAUGUGCCUACACAUAACAAUAUGACCACUGUAAAUGGUGUGCUCAAAUUCAAAUGUCACUUAUGUGAGCAUAGUUUUAUGAAAAAAGAAAACUUCAAUUACCACAUGUACCAACACACAGGAGAAAAACCUUAUAAAUGCACGAACUGCACAGAAAAGUUUGUAACGAGAAGAGGACUACUCAUACACCACGACAACAAGCACCCUGGACUGAAUCGGCCAUUGGGGCUUAUCUCCAAAAAUAGUUUGCUCAAAUGAAAAAUAAUAAUUUUAAACGUUUUAAAUAGCAAUAAACGCAUACUUCAAUAUUUCUUACAA